GUCAGUUUGAAGAAUCAGGCAGUACCCUAUGGGAAUAUCAUUAAAAACAACUCAUAUAGAAUGGAGGGUCUGCCUGAUGGUGUUAUUUUCAAAGACCCUAAUUCUUAUGGUUUGUCUACUCUUAGGCAAAUCAUAAGCCAGAAAGAAUCCAUCAAAUUUGUAAACGUGACACCAGCUUCCACACUUGCCUCAUCUGCAACAUCAUCCAAGGAAUUAGAAAAUGGAAAUAUUACGGAUGUCACGGAUGCUCCAGCUAUUCCUUUAGAACUGAGAGAAGUACCCAUGGAGGAAGUAGCCGAUGCUAUAGAUAUUACUAUAGAAUUAGAAAAUGGAAAUAUUACGGAUGUCACGGAUGCUCCAGCUAUUCCUUUAGAACUGAGAGAAGUACCCAUGGAGGAAGUAGCCGAUGCUAUAGAUAUUACUAUAGGUGUUUCAGACACAUUAGCCCAUGCUGUUUCCAGUGAUGCUGUAGAGGAGCAUGGUGUUGAAGUACUUACAGAUGCACGCUAG